AGGGGAGGUGACGAGUGCGCGCGCAGCGGGGGCGCGGGCAGCGUGGGGGGGCGGCUGAAGCGGGCGGGCGCGCGCGCGAGGCUUACCCUCGCUCGGCGGCGGCGGCGGCUUCUUUGUUUCUUGAGGAGAGGCGAGACGCCCAUUCUGCCCCCGGCCCCGCGCGGAGGGGUGGGGGCGGCGCCGGGAAGGCGACGGCGCCGGCGACUCACGGAGACCACUGUCUGCAGCUCCCGUGAAGAUGUCCACUCCAGACCCACCCCUGGGCGGAACUCCUCGGCCAGGCCCUUCCCCAGGCCCGGGCCCCUCCCCCGGAGCCAUGUUGGGCCCCAGCCCGGGUCCCUCACCUGGCUCUGCCCACAGCAUGAUGGGGCCCAGCCCAGGGCCUCCCUCAGCAGGACACCCCAUCCAGACCCAGGGGCCUGGAGGGUACCCUCAGGACAACAUGCACCAGAUGCACAAGCCAAUGGAGUCCAUGCACGAGAAGGGCAUGUCGGACGACCCCCGCUACAACCAGAUGAAGGGGAUGGGGAUGCGGUCGGGGGGCCACGCAGGGAUGGGGCCCCCGCCAAGCCCCAUGGACCAGCACUCCCAAGGUUACCCCUCGCCCCUGGGCGGCUCCGAGCACGCCUCCAGUCCGGUUCCAGCCAGCGGCCCGUCCUCAGGCCCACAGAUGUCAUCCGGGCCAGGAGGGGCCCCGCUGGAUGGUGCUGACCCCCAGGCUUUGGGACAGCAGAACCGGGGCCCAACCCCCUUUAACCAGAACCAGCUGCACCAGCUCAGAGCUCAGAUCAUGGCCUACAAGAUGCUGGCCCGGGGGCAGCCCCUCCCCGACCACCUGCAGAUGGCAGUGCAGGGAAAGCGGCCGAUGCCCGGGAUGCAGCAGCAGAUGCCAACACUACCUCCACCCUCUGUGUCCGCAACAGGACCCGGCCCCGGCCCCGGCCCUGGCCCCGGCCCCGGCCCCGGUCCUGGACCAGCACCUCCAAAUUACAGCAGGCCUCACGGUAUGGGAGGGCCCAACAUGCCCCCUCCAGGACCCUCAGGCGUGCCCCCCGGGAUGCCCGGCCAGCCCCCCGGAGGGCCUCCCAAGCCCUGGCCUGAAGGACCCAUGGCGAAUGCUGCUGCCCCCACGAGCACACCUCAGAAGCUGAUCCCCCCACAGCCGACCGGUCGCCCCUCGCCCGCGCCCCCCGCCGUCCCGCCCGCUGCCUCCCCUGUGAUGCCGCCCCAGACACAGUCGCCGGGGCAGCCGGCCCAGCCCGCCCCCAUGGUGCCGCUCCACCAGAAGCAGAGCCGCAUCACCCCCAUCCAGAAGCCACGGGGGCUGGACCCCGUGGAGAUCCUGCAGGAGCGGGAGUACAGGCUGCAGGCUCGCAUCGCACACCGAAUUCAGGAACUUGAAAACCUCCCCGGGUCCCUGGCUGGGGAUUUGCGAACCAAAGCGACCAUCGAGCUCAAGGCCCUCAGGCUGCUGAACUUCCAGAGGCAGCUGCGACAGGAGGUGGUGGUGUGCAUGAGGAGGGACACGGCCCUCGAGACGGCCCUCAACGCCAAGGCCUACAAGCGCAGCAAGCGGCAGUCCCUGCGCGAGGCCCGCAUCACUGAGAAGCUGGAGAAGCAGCAGAAGAUCGAGCAGGAGCGUAAGCGCCGGCAGAAGCACCAGGAAUACCUCAACAGCAUUCUUCAGCACGCCAAGGAUUUCAAAGAAUAUCACAGAUCCGUCACGGGCAAAAUCCAGAAACUCACGAAGGCAGUGGCCACGUACCAUGCCAACACUGAGCGGGAACAGAAGAAGGAGAACGAAAGAAUCGAGAAGGAGCGCAUGCGGAGGCUCAUGGCCGAGGACGAGGAGGGGUACCGCAAGCUCAUCGACCAGAAGAAGGACAAGCGCCUGGCCUACCUCCUGCAGCAGACGGACGAGUACGUGGCUAACCUCACGGAGCUGGUGCGGCAGCACAAGGCCGCCCAGGUCGCCAAGGAGAAGAAGAAGAAGAAGAAAAAGAAGAAGGCAGAAAAUGCUGAAGGACAGACACCUGCAAUCGGACCUGAUGGCGAGCCUCUGGAUGAGACCAGCCAAAUGAGUGACCUGCCGGUAAAAGUGAUCCACGUGGAGAGUGGGAAGAUCCUUACGGGCACAGACGCACCCAAAGCAGGGCAGCUGGAGGCCUGGCUGGAGAUGAACCCGGGGUAUGAAGUAGCUCCAAGAUCUGAUAGUGAAGAGAGUGGUUCCGAAGAAGAGGAGGAGGAGGAGGAAGAGGAGCAGCCGCAGCCAGCGCAGCCUCCUGCCCUGCCCGUGGAGGAGAAGAAGAAGAUUCCAGAUCCAGACAGCGAUGAUGUUUCCGAGGUGGACGCCCGGCACAUUAUUGAGAACGCCAAGCAAGACGUUGAUGACGAGUACGGCGUGUCGCAGGCCCUCGCUCGUGGCCUGCAGUCCUAUUACGCCGUGGCCCAUGCUGUCACCGAGAGGGUGGACAAGCAGUCAGCGCUCAUGGUCAACGGUGUCCUCAAGCAGUACCAGAUCAAAGGCUUGGAGUGGCUGGUGUCCCUGUACAACAACAACCUGAACGGCAUCCUGGCCGACGAGAUGGGCCUGGGGAAGACCAUCCAGACCAUCGCUCUCAUCACGUACCUCAUGGAGCACAAGCGGAUCAACGGGCCCUUCCUCAUCAUAGUACCUCUCUCAACGCUGUCCAACUGGGCAUACGAAUUUGACAAGUGGGCCCCCUCCGUGGUGAAGGUGUCCUACAAGGGCUCCCCAGCAGCCAGACGUGCUUUCGUCCCCCAGCUCCGGAGUGGCAAGUUCAACGUCUUGCUGACGACGUACGAGUACAUCAUUAAAGACAAGCACAUCCUUGCAAAGAUCCGCUGGAAGUACAUGAUUGUGGACGAAGGCCACCGCAUGAAGAACCACCACUGCAAGCUGACGCAGGUCCUCAACACGCACUACGUGGCCCCCCGCCGCCUGCUGCUGACGGGCACGCCGCUGCAGAACAAGCUGCCCGAGCUCUGGGCGCUCCUCAACUUCCUGCUGCCCACCAUCUUCAAGAGCUGCAGCACCUUCGAGCAGUGGUUCAACGCGCCCUUUGCCAUGACCGGGGAAAAGAACGAUGUGGGCUGUGGCCGGUGUCUCUGGAUGUCUGUAAGGUUGUCAGUCUGCCUGUGGGCCAGCCGUUUUCUGCUGAAGGAAGUUAGCGGCUUGAGCCUGGUGACUGAGGAGGUGGACCUGAACGAGGAGGAAACCAUUCUCAUCAUCCGUCGUCUCCACAAAGUGCUACGGCCCUUCUUGCUCCGCCGGCUUAAGAAGGAAGUCGAGGCUCAGUUGCCUGAAAAGGUGGAGUACGUCAUCAAGUGCGACAUGUCUGCGCUGCAGCGCGUGCUCUACCGGCACAUGCAGGCCAAGGGGGUGCUGCUGACCGACGGCUCUGAGAAGGACAAGAAGGGCAAAGGUGGCACCAAGACCCUGAUGAACACCAUCAUGCAGCUGAGGAAGAUCUGCAACCACCCGUACAUGUUCCAGCACAUCGAGGAGUCCUUUUCCGAGCAUUUGGGGUUUACCGGUGGCAUCGUCCAAGGGCUGGACCUGUACCGAGCCUCGGGGAAAUUCGAGCUGCUCGAUAGAAUUCUUCCCAAACUCCGGGCCACCAACCAUAAAGUGCUGCUGUUCUGUCAGAUGACCUCCCUCAUGACGAUCAUGGAAGACUAUUUUGCAUAUCGCGGCUUUAAAUACCUCAGGCUCGAUGGGACCACGAAAGCGGAGGACCGGGGCAUGCUGCUGAAAACCUUCAACGAGCCCGGCUCCGAGUACUUCAUCUUCCUGCUCAGCACCCGAGCUGGGGGGCUGGGGCUGAACCUGCAGUCGGCCGACACUGUGAUCAUAUUUGACAGCGACUGGAACCCCCACCAGGACCUGCAAGCGCAGGACCGUGCCCACCGCAUCGGGCAGCAGAACGAGGUGCGCGUGCUCCGCCUGUGCACGGUCAACAGCGUGGAGGAGAAGAUCCUGGCCGCUGCCAAGUACAAGCUCAACGUCGACCAGAAGGUGAUCCAGGCGGGCAUGUUCGACCAGAAGUCCUCCAGCCACGAGCGGCGUGCCUUCCUCCAGGCCAUCCUCGAGCACGAGGAGCAGGACGAGAGCAGACACUGCAGCACGGGCAGCGGCAGUGCCAGCUUCGCCCACACUGCCCCUCCGCCAGCGGGCGUCAACCCCGACUUGGAGGAGCCACCUCUAAAGGAAGAAGACGAAGUGCCUGAUGACGAGACGGUGAACCAGAUGAUUGCCCGGCACGAGGAGGAGUUCGACCUGUUCAUGCGCAUGGACCUGGACCGCAGGCGCGAGGAGGCCCGCAACCCCAAGCGGAAGCCGCGCCUGAUGGAGGAGGACGAGCUCCCCUCAUGGAUCAUCAAGGAUGACGCCGAGGUGGAGCGGCUGACCUGUGAGGAGGAGGAGGAGAAGAUGUUCGGCCGCGGCUCCCGCCACCGCAAGGAGGUGGACUACAGCGACUCACUGACCGAGAAGCAGUGGCUCAAGGCCAUCGAGGAGGGCACGCUGGAGGAGAUCGAAGAGGAGGUCCGGCAGAAGAAAUCGUCGCGGAAGCGCAAGCGGGACAGCGACGCCGGCCCCUCCACCCCGACCACCAGCACCCGCAGCCGCGACAAGGACGACGAGAGCAAGAAGCAGAAGAAGCGCGGCCGGCCGCCCGCCGAAAAGCUCUCCCCCAACCCCCCCAACCUCACCAAGAAGAUGAAGAAGAUCGUGGACGCCGUGAUCAAGUACAAGGACAGCAGUGGACGUCAGCUCAGCGAGGUGUUCAUCCAGCUGCCGUCCCGCAAGGAGCUGCCCGAGUACUAUGAGCUCAUCCGCAAGCCUGUGGACUUCAAGAAGAUAAAGGAGCGCAUCCGCAACCACAAGUACCGCAGCCUCAACGACCUGGAGAAGGACGUGAUGCUACUGUGCCAGAACGCGCAGACCUUCAACCUGGAGGGCUCCCUGAUCUACGAAGACUCCAUCGUCCUGCAGUCGGUCUUCACCAGCGUGCGGCAGAAAAUCGAGAAGGAGGACGACAGUGAAGGGGAGGAGAGUGAGGAGGAGGAGGAGGCUGAGGAGGAAGGCUCGGAGUCAGAGUCUCGCUCGGUCAAAGUGAAGAUCAAGCUCGGCCGGAAGGAGAAGGCCCAGGACCGGCUGAAGGGGGGCCGGCGGCGGCCGAGCCGUGGGUCCAGGGCCAAGCCGGUGGUGAGCGACGACGACAGUGAGGAGGAGCAGGAGGAGGACCGCUCAGGCAGUGGCAGCGAGGAAGACUGAGUCCUGACAUUCCAGAGUCUCGACCCCGAGCCCCUCGUUCCAGAGCCGAGACUGUGUAGCCCUUAGCAGUAACGGGUAGCAGCAGAUGUAGUUUCAGACUUGGGAUAAAACUGUAUAAACGAAAAUCUUCCAUAUUUAUACAGCAGAGAAGAUGUAGGACUGUUUGUGUCUGGCCCUGUCCUGGCAUCGGUAGCGUUUGUAACAGCAUUAACUGUUUAAAAUGAGAAACAAAAGAAUUAUCAAUUGGGGAACACACGACACCUGUUUUUCUUUUCCUUCCCUGGCAGUACUGUUUCGGCCACAGUUGGGAAUCACUGUAGUUUAAGCCGUGGAUGCAUGUGUGUAGCCGUCCACUCCUCGUACUGUAUUUUAUUGGACAGGUCAGACUCGCUGGGGCCGGGGGUCCGCAGGCCCGGCGGGGGUAUGUCAGUGUCACUGGAUGUCAAACAGUAAUAAAUUAAACCUACA